UUUAAAUCAGAAAUAAAAAAUAGCGCAACGAAAGAGCAAGCAGUUUUAAUGAAAUUAUAAUGUAUUAUAGCUUAAAUUAUGUGAAACAAAGAUUCUUCAACAUCUAGAUGUUUACAGAUGGAUCAGUUUGGUGAACUUUUUUUGAGCUCAUCAGUUGGAUACAAUGGAACACCUGUGUACUACACAGACACAGAUGCUAUUUGCUAUGUCAACUCAAAUUGUUUAAAAGUUAUUAAUAUAAGUAGUGGCAGCACUAAGUACUUGAAUGCGCCAGGAGAUGGUAUCACAGCGCUGGCUGUCAAUCAAUCAUAUGGCUACCUUGCUUUUGCUGAUGAUGGUCUUCAUGCCCAAAUAUAUGUAUAUAGUACACAGAACUUAAACAGUGCAGUAGCCACUUUAAAAGCAGAUAUUAAUAGCCUUGGUUAUGUUUGUUUAUCAUUUGCAAACAAUGGUAGUAUACUGGUGUCAUGUUCUAAUAUACCUGAAGUGACACUGACCAUAUGGAAUUGGGCUACUGAAGAGAAUUUGUGUUAUGUAGAUCUGAAUGCACCCCCUUUAAGUCUUACUUUCAACCCGCUUAACUGGAGACAAUUCUGUUGUUCAACUGAGAAUGGUUUUACAGUUUGGAAUAUCAGACAAGUUAAUGAAAAGUAUGAUCUUCAAAGAAGAGACAUUAUACUACCAUUUGAAGAUGGUUCUUUUGGGCUUGAAUUUGUUAAUGAAGCCCCUAGUGGAAGUCGUCCAACCACUGGUCAUGGUGGCCUUCACUUGACAAAAGCAUCAAUGGCUGGCUUGGUUGGUACUGGCAAAGAAAAUGUUGAUCCUUCUAAUCUUCUACUUCGUUGUGUUGCCAUAUGCCAUUGCUGGGCGUCUGCAAAUCAAAUAUAUGUGGGUUGUUCUGGAAACAAGUUAUUAUGUGCUGAUAUCGAGACUGGAUAUGUAACUGUGUUGUGUAAUUAUUAUGAUGAUGAUUUAGAAAAAGAUGAUCCAUAUCUACACUUUGACUGCAUGCAGCUUCACAGUGAUGGUUUAUUUGUUGGAGGAAAAGAUGGUAUACUUAGAUGUCUUAAAAUCAAGGAUAAACAAGUUUCAACUAAACUUGAAGUUAAUAUUGGUAGACAAAUUUCAUCUUUACACUUUUCCUCAGAUUAUCAAAGUCUUGUUAUUGGUAGCUCAGAGGGAACAAUUUGUACAUAUUCAUUAAACAACUCCUCUGUUACAAAUAUGAGUGAAGAUUUUGUUGGUAAAGUUAUUGGUAUUGCUUGCUUACCGGGAAAUCAACACAUUGUGACAUGCAAAUCAACUGGUUUGUUACAAGUUUGGACUGUGAAAGAUAUGCAUUGCAUUGGCAGUUUGCAUCUAAAUUAUGAUAUAAGUUGUAUAGCUUCACCUUGUACUUCAUCCACUGUUUUUCUGGGCACAAAGGCAGGCUCCAUUGUUGUAAUUGAUGCACAAAAAUCUAAUGAACUACGUUGUGUUUGUGAACAAUUUCUUUAUAAAACUGCUUUGACAAAGUUAUGUUUUGAUAAUACUGGAUCAGUACUCAUCACCAGCUCAAGUGAUCCUAAAAUAUUUUUGUUGAAUGCUAGACUAUCCACACAACUUGAAGUAUUGGGCCAUACAGAUGUUCCAGGUUCUGUAUUAUGUUCAUCCUGUUUACAUAUUAGUCAAGCUGAUAUAUAUAAAGUGUUAGUUGGUGUCAGUGCUUCCGAUCACCAGCCUGGUUGUAACCAGUUGAUCCUAUUCGAAAUUACUAGUGAUUUAAUUAAAAAAAAGAGUUCAUUGUACAUGGACAGUACAAGAUUAUUGAAAGAUGUGUCCAUUUCAAAGCAAACCUACCUUCUGAAGGCGUUUACUUAUGAUAUAUGCAUCAUUUCAAACGAUGUUGCAUUUGGUGUCGUUCAUCAAGGCAAGAAAAUUGCAAAGUUCGUCUUCAAUGAAUAUGAGGAUUCACAAACGAACCUGGUGUUGGAACCUACAUAUACAUAUGAAGGUCAUGGUGUUAAUGGUGGUUGCAUUUCCUCUUCUUGUCACUUCAAAUGGUUAGUGUCAGCAUCUCCUGAUGGAUAUCUAAUUGCCAGAGCAGUUGGAGCAAUGAACAACAUUGUGAAAAUACAAGCAGGUAACUACCGUGCUGGUGGUCUUAGCCAUGCUUGCUUUAGUUCAGAUGCACAAAUGAUUUUAACAGUUGGUAAUGAUGGCUGCAUAUCAAGCUGGUCGUGGAAUUUUAGUUCAUUGGGUAGAUCCAAAGCAGCUGGAGCUAUUGAAACAUACCUUUCGAACACAGCAAUGGUCAAAAGCAUUAAAAAUACUGAAGAUGAAAUUUUAUCGAAGUUACCUGAAAUAACUCUAAAACCUGAAAAGAUUGGCUCAUCAACUACUUGGUUAGAAGAAGCGGUUGAUAAGGCCCACAAGAAAGAAGAUGAAAAGUAUGCUGAGGUGAAGAAUUCGUUAAGAAAUGAAAUCAACGAUUUACGCAAUCAAGUGCUCGAGCUAAUUAGAACUAACGAAGAAGUUCCUGACAUUGAGAAAUUAGAUCGAUAUGAAUUCAACAUGGACGUGGAAGAAAGACAGAGUAUGGUCGCUGAAAUGGAAUCCCAUUUUAAAAAGUUACGUUCAGAAAUCGAGCUGCAGGAUGCUGCCACCCAGUAUACACGUCAUUUAAUCAAAACUGAAUGUUGGGACAACAUGAAGACCAAGGGAAAAAGUUUAAAAAGUUUUGCUACCAAUAUUGAGGUAUGCAAUUACCCGAUGAGAGAAAGAAGUCAAAGCGAACUUGAAGAAUUAGACAUGGUUGUUUGUCAAAGAAAGAUAGAAAAGAUUCAAAGUGAAUUGAGGGAUAGUGUUUUACCAGAUGGUUUUGGCUCCUUUUCUUCCAUAGUUGAGAAAAGGGAGAUCGACUACGAUGAAGAACUUACAGAAGUGGACAAAUAUCUCAGGAAAGAGAGUGUGGCCACGUAUGGAAGUCUUGGUUUUCUGUAUGGCGGCUAUAAUGAUUUGCUGCAAACUCAGUUUGAAUUACAUACAAAGAACCAGAAGAGAAAUCAAAUCGUGCUCUUAAAGGAUUGUAUAAUUCGAAUUAAAGAAGCAUUUAACGAAACAUUCGAAGAGGUUUACAAUGCGAAGAUACAGGAGAUUCGCAAGAUCAACGAACGCAAUACACGUAUCAAGAAGAUUUUACGAGACAUGCAUUUGCAGGAGGAGUUGAUAGACGCUCAUUUAGAUCACAGUGAACAACCCGAAAUGCUGCUAGUUGUAAAUGAGGAGGAGAUCUUGGUUGAGAAAUACAUCAGUGAAGAAGAACAAAAACGGUUAGAUGAGUUGGCGCGCUUGGAAGAAGAAAGACGACUUGCUGAAAUGGCGGAUAAUGCACGUGGUAGAGCGUUAGAAAUGAUGAUGGCUGGAAGAUUGGAAACUAAUUUGGAAGACGAACUCAAGCAAGAGAUAGAACGACCAGAAUUUAUGAAUGUUAAACCGGAUAAUGAAUGGAAUGAAGAAGAACAAAAGUUGGCUAAAGAGUACGAGAUUAAAACUACUCAGUUACACGAGGAUCGCGAAAAGUACCGCAAAUCAUUGGAAACAGAAUUACGCAAAUUGCAAACUACAAAUGUUGAAGCUACAACAAAUUUUGACGAGCGAUUAAAUCAACUGUUUCAAAGAAGAACGAAAACAGAAAUGGUGAUUUUGCAGGAAGAAUUAAAAAUCGUCCGUUUGAAUGCAUCAAUUUUAUUCGAAGAAGAACUCGAAGCUAGAGAGUUGGAGCUGUUCAACUUUUUGGAGAUCAAAAAAGAAGAAAAGCAACUGAGUUCGUUAGCGGUUGGAGAUGCGAAGCGAGAUGUGGAAGCAUUUCGUGAUAUGUAUGAGACUCUUAUAGCUGAUGAUCGCACGUUGGAUAAAAUGUUUCGGAAAGAAUUUUUAGAUUUGGAUUCAUUCACCGUUGAUGUUUUGUAUAAACUGUUUAAGAAAAGGCCCAGAGCUCAACGUACCUUAAAAGCUGCUACUGAAUCUCACAAGGAUGCUUUCUCUGCUGAAAGUAAGACACGUCCCUCCUCUUCACGAGCUGCUUCUGCUGCUGCGCAUAAUCUGGAGAAGGCUAUGCAAGAGUUAGAUAGUGAACACCACAUGCCAGAACACAUGGACGUUGAAGUGUGGAAGAGAAUGGUGAUGCUGAGAAGAAAUAAGGUGGAGAGAGAACAGCAGUUAAAAGCUAAAGCCCUUGUUCUGGCAGACAUGAAUGACUAUCUACAGCAUCAAAUUGAUCGCGACGAAGACUUGAAAAUGACCAUUGAAAAGACCUUCGAAGAUAUACAGAGGCUUCGUGAAGAAAGAGUCAGGUUUAACAUGAAUCUCGAAGUCCAGUUGUUACUGAAGCAAGGUCAAGUGGAAGUAGGAUCGUGUGAUUUCGUGCCCAGUUACACGGAUUCCGUGCUGAUCCAUAGAUCUGCUGUUGAGGACUUAAAUAGUACCAUUAAGACAUUGGGUGAAAUGAAAUUAGCCAGUAUGAGAGAAAGUAAAGACUUUCGAAAGGGUAUACACCAACUAGCUUGGGAACUCAAGGAAAUGUUCAUGCGUGCUGAAGAUUAUCAAACGACUGCACAUGAUUUACAAAUGUUGCGUGUGACCAAGGAAUUGCAAGUUUAUCUUGGUGAGACUGACCGGCGACAAAGUAAACAACAAGAGAUCGCGACGUUAGAAAGAACGUUGGAUAUGUGUAAUAAGAUGCAUGGUCGCAACGUACAGGAUAGAAAACGAAUAAUCCGCAAGUUACGACACCAAAUUGUGUCAAAGGUCGAAGAAAAUGAACAGUUGGACAUUGAUUUGGAAAAAAUGGCGUUAUCUGUUGCUGAAAGAAAAAACAUUCAUGACGUCACUGCUGAUAAUCGCAGUGAUAACGGUGCAUCGAAACGAAUGCAGGACAUUAUAACAAGACGUAAACUUGUCGAUCUUGCGAAAGCACAAGCAUCCGAAAUUAGCAUGUUACGAGCUGAGGUUGAACGGUUACGAAUGCGGACGUUCCCCGCACUUGUUCAAUUGGACCCAAGAUAGCCAUCCCCUUUGUUUGAAGUUUUGACGUGUUUCCUCGAUAAUUUCCGUUAUUUAUGUUUUUUUACGUAGGUUGGCGUAUGGAAUAGCAUCAAUGUUCGAUCAAACUUCGAGUUAGGAGAAUAUCCCCUCUUUUGAAAGUCCCUCUUAGGUCCUCAGUUUUGUUUCAAAAAAUUUCAAGGCAUGUUGUGUUCGAACAAAUUCUAGGUGAUUGGUGUGAGGGUAUUGGCUUGUCUUUUCUCUUGAGAAAUGCAAAUUUAUAGAUUUCACCUUUAGAAAAUAUAUCUUGAUAUGUUUACUCUAAACGAACUUUAAAUUUAAGAUUUGUAAUAAUUACCAUCUCCCUUUUUUCACCAUAAUCCGGCGUCUCAUUACAACGCGCUAAAAAACGUUAACUGUUUCUUUAUGUGAGUUUGACCACGUACAUUCUUCAUUAAUGAUGUAAUCAAUAAAGUUGAUAAACUUGGAACACUUAAUUAACAGCGGAGUUUGAUCAAUUUGUUAGAAGUGUUUAUUUUCUUGUUACUGAUUUUUGAGAAGAUUUAGUUUAAAUGUAUUGUAUAUAAAAUGGACUAUGUGAAAUGAUGAUAAUAUAUUUUUGUUCCAUUUAUUUUCUUGA